AUGGAGCAGCUGGGGGUGGAGCCCGCGGAGGAAGCUGGCCGCGACGAGGAAGAGGACGCGGCUCAGGCCAUGGACCGGGUGGAGGCGGGGGAGGCAGACCGCUCGCCCGGGGUUCAUGGUCAAGUGGUUCCAGAAGGAAGUUCUUCAUCCAGAGUCAUAGUACAUGUGGAUCUGGAUUGCUUUUAUGCACAAGUAGAAAUGAUUUCAAAUCCGGAACUGAAGGGCAAACCUUUAGGAGUUCAGCAGAAAUAUUUGGUGGUUACCUGUAACUAUGAAGCUAGGAAACUUGGAGUUAAGAAACUUAUGAAUGUCAGAGAUGCAAAAGAAAAAUGUCCACAGCUGGUAUUAGUUAAUGGAGAAGAUUUGACUCGUUACAGAGAGAUGUCAUAUAAGGUUACAGAGUUGUUGGAAGAAUUUAGUCCAGUUGUUGAGAGACUUGGAUUUGAUGAAAAUUUUGUGGAUCUAACAGGAAUGGUUGAGAAGAGACUACAGCAGCUUCAAAGUGAUGAACUUUCAGCACUGACUGUGUCGGGUCAUGUGUAUAAUAAUCAGUAUAUAAACCUGCAUGACAUCGUGCACAUCAGACUACUUGUUGGAUCUCAAAUUGCAGCAGAGAUGCGGGAAGCCAUGUAUAAUCAACUGGGUCUCACUGGCUGUGCUGGAGUGGCUUCUAAUAAAUUACUGGCAAAAUUAGUUUCUGGUAUUUUUAAACCAAAUCAGCAAACAGUGUUAUUACCUGAAAGUUCUCAAGUUCUCAUUCAGAGCUUGAGCCAUGUAAAGGAAAUGCCUGGUAUUGGCUAUAAAACUGCCAAACGUCUUGAAGCGCUGGGUAUCAGUAGUGUGCUUGAUCUUCAAACCUUUUCACCCAAAAUAUUAGAAAAGGAGUUAGGAAUUUCAGUUGCUCAGCGUAUCCAGAAACUCAGUUUUGGAGAAGAUAACUCACCUGUGACGCCCUCAGGACCACCUCAGUCCUUUAGUGAGGAAGAUUCAUUUAAAAAAUGUUCAUCAGAAGUCGAAGCUAAAAAUAAGAUUGAAGAACUACUUGCCAGUCUUUUGAACAGAGUAUGCCAAGAUGGAAGGAAGCCACAUACAAUCAGAUUAAUAAUCCGUCGGUAUUCAUCUGAGAAUCACUGUAGCCGUGAGAGUCGUCAGUGCCCUAUUCCAUCUCAUGUGAUUCAGAAGUUAGGGACAGGAAAUUGUGAUGUGAUGACCCCAAUGGUUGAUAUACUUAUGAAACUUUUUCGAAAUAUGGUGAAUGUGAAGAUGCCGUUUCAUCUUACCCUUUUAAGUGUGUGCCUCUGCAACCUUAAAGCAUUAAAUACUGCUAAGAAAGGAACUAUUGAUUAUUAUUUAACACCAUCAUUAUCAACAACUUCACGGUCUGGCAAGCGCAGUUUUAAAAUGAAAGACAGUCAUAUGGAGGAUUUUUCCAAAGACAAAGAAACAAAUUGGGAUUUUCUACCAUCUGGAAGAAUUGAAAGUACAAGAACUGGGGAGGCUCCACUAGAUACUAAUUUUUCUAAAGACAAAGACAGUGAUGAAUUCCCACUCUGCUCACUUCCUGAAGGUAUUGACCAAGAAGUCUUUAAGCAGCUUCCAGUAGAUAUUCAAGAAGAAAUCCUUUCUGGAAAAUCUGGAGAAAAAGUUCAAGGCAAAGGAAGUUUGAGUUGUCCAUUACAUGCCUCUAGAGGAGUAUUAUCUUUCUUUUCUCCAAAACAAAUGCAAGAUAGUCCCUUAAAUCCUACAGAUCAUUUACCCAAUAGUAAACAGAUAUCAUCUGUGUCUCCCUGUGAACCAGGAACAUCAGGUUUAAAUAGCGGUAGUUCCUCUUCGUCUAGCCAAAAGGAUUAUUCACAUUAUGUAGACAGUAGAUUAAAAGAUGAACGAAUGAGUCAAGGACCUAAACAAUCUCAAGGAUUUCAUUUUUCAAAUACAAAGCCUGCCGUAUCUAUUUUCCAUUCAUUUCCAAAUUUGCAGAGUGAGCGACUGUUCUCCAAAAACUGCACUACAGAUAACCAUAAGGAAUCAACAGUGACAGUCUCUCGUCAUGAAAGACUUACAGAAAAUAAAGAGCAAGAUUCUAGUGAUGAGAAAAUUACUUUUCCUUCUGACAUUGAUCCUGAAGUUUUCUAUGAACUACCAGAAGAGGUACAAAAAGAGCUGUUGGCCGACUGGAAGAGAGCAGGGUCAGAUUUGCCCACUGUGCAGAAAUAAGCAUGUUCAGAAGAAAGGUCUAGAAAGCAAAGGAAAAGCCAUUGUUCUCAGAUUUAGCAGUUUAUUAAGCUCCUCUAAAUUAAACACUAAUAGAUAUUCAAUAAUGUAGAAAUCCAAUAUAAAAUGUUCUCGAUAAAAGCAAGUGUAGUUAUGGGAAGUAAAUUCUGGCACAAAGCAUAAAAAUAUUCAUAACAGAAGAAAUAAUGUAAAAUUAUCUUAUUUCUAAAGCUAUUUUGUAUUGCUUUUCAAUAAAAAGAAUAUCAUGGUUA